CUAAGAGACACCUGGCCUCAUCGCUUUAGAAAACGUAUUAGAUUAUAUAGAAGAAAGGGAUCCACGGCACCACCUCCCGUUGGAAAGUAAAAAAUUAGAAGAAGAAGGGGAAAAAAAAAAAAAAGGGAUCAAAUUUGUUCAUUCUCUCGCAAAAUUCCCUUCUUUUUCUUCUCAAUUCCUUUGGAACAUCUCAGUGCCCUCAGUUCAUAUUCCGUUUUUCUAAGAUAACAGAGCUCUGAUCAGACACCCACUUUCUAUCUCUUUCCAAACUGAUCUACAAUUUUCUGUUUUGAAUAAGAAAAAGGUGAAAUUCUGUGCAAUUGUUGACGGAUACAGAUGGCUUUUGAGGAAUCCUGGGUUUCUCUGAUAUGUUUGAGAGUUGAAGUUUGCUGAUCAAUACAUAUUUCAAGCAAUUUUCAUAUAUUCGUCUACUAUAAUUGGGCACUGCAAACUGUGGCAUUGCCCAUGGACGCUACAACUAGUGGAACCCCAACUAUUCAAUACCAUAACAUUCCCGAUCAGCCAAUUACUGCUAUUGUUGCCACGUCGGUACCGGCAUUUCAACGACAGCAACGCCAUUGCUUUGGGGAUUCCACACCCGGAGAAUUCCCCUUGUCUGCCAAUCCCUCCAUUGUUCUUCAUGUCCUUACAGCAUGUCAUUUGGAUCCCCAAGAUCUUGCAAAACUAGAGGCAACAUGCUCCUUCUUUAGGCAGCCAGCAAACUUUGCUCCCGACUUAGAGUUGUCCUUAUCUGAGCUUGCUGCUCUGGACAUGUGCCAAAAGAGGGCCAUAUUUAGGCCAAUGACAACAGAAGAACGCCAAGAGUUGAAGCAAAGAUGCGGGGGCUCAUGGAAACUGGUCCUGCGGUUUUUGCUGGCUGGAGAAGCAUGUAGCAGGAGGGAGAAAUCCCAGGCAAUAGCAGGGCCUGGUCAUAGUAUUGCUGUGACAUCAAGCGGAGUUGUAUACUCAUUCGGCUCCAACAAUUCAGGACAGCUUGGACAUGGCACCACUGAAGAGGAAUGGCGGCCUCAGCCAAUCAGAUCUUUGCAAGGCAUUCGGAUUAUCCAAGCAGCUGCUGGGGCUGGCAGGACAAUGCUGAUCAGUGAUGCUGGACAGGUUUAUGCCUUUGGAAAGGACUCCUUUGGUGAAGCCGAGUAUGGAGUUCAAGGAGCUAAAUUGGUUACAACUCCACAGCUGGUUGAAUCGUUGAAAAACAUAUAUGUGGUCCAAGCUGCAAUUGGCAAUUUCUUCACGGCUGUCCUGUCUAGAGAAGGCAGGGUUUAUACAUUUUCCUGGGGCAACGAUUCCAGACUUGGUCACCAGACUGACCCAAAUGAUUUGGAGCCUCAUCCUUUGUUGGGGGCACUAGAAAACAUACCAGUCGUACAAAUAGCAGCUGGAUACUGCUAUCUUCUUGCUCUAGCUUGUCAACCUAGUGGCAUGUCGGUUUACUCUGUUGGGUGCGGCUUGGGUGGGAAGCUUGGACAUGGUUCACGAACGGAUGAGAAGUACCCCCGAUUGAUUGAACAGUUUCAGGUUUUGAACCUUCAGCCCAUGGUGGUUGCUGCUGGUGCUUGGCAUGCCGCUGUGGUUGGCCAGGAUGGACGGGUCUGCACAUGGGGUUGGGGGCGUUAUGGUUGCCUAGGUCAUGGGAAUGAAGAGUGUGAAUCAGUUCCUAAGGUUGUGGAAGCCUUGGGCAAGGUGAAAGCAGUGCAUGUUGCUACAGGGGAUUACACAACCUUUGUGGUGUCUGAUGAUGGCGAUGUGUACUCAUUUGGCUGUGGAGAAUCCUCCAGUCUCGGACAUAAUACCGGUGCUGAUGGACAGGGAAACAGGCAUGCAAAUUUAUUAAGUCCAGAGCUUGUAACGUCGUUGAAGCAAGUUAAUGAGCGUGUAGUACAGAUCAGCCUCACCAAUUCCAUAUAUUGGAAUGCUCACACCUUUGCCCUUACUAAAUCAGGGAAGCUAUAUGCAUUUGGUGCUGGAGACAAAGGGCAGCUAGGCAUAGAGCUUGUUGCCAACCAGACCGAAAGGGGAUACCCGGAGCUUGUUGAUAUCGAUCUCAGCUAGCCCUUUUAUAGCUUUUACCUCCCCAUUUAUCAUCCUUCCAAUUUAUCAUCAUCAUGCAUUGCAUUUGGUGUUGAAAUUUCCUUGUUUAUGCUGUACAUAGAAUCAAAAGAAAAAAAGUUGUUAAGGUUCAUGCCUAGUUAACACAGGCCUAAGCUAACAUUAUGUGGUUGUUGAUAUCUAAAAGACCUUGGCUUGCACUUUUGGUUGAA